UCUCCUGACUGAAUUCCUGAUUAGAUCUGAUUUCUUCGGACGCUUCGGACAGUUGUUUCUCUCAAAAGAUUUUUGAUAAAGUUCCGUUUUCUACUUUCUUUUCAUAGCUUUUCCUUGCGUCACUACAAAAAUGUUGCUUGUUCAGUGUCUUUUAUUACUUCUUGUGGUCGCUUGUUUAUCGGAGGAGCAUGGCUGCAACAUUUUUGCCACUAUUCUCCGUGAGACCAGCAAUGAGGGUUUUCACAGGAAACUGACAUCUUUGGUGGAGGUGGUCAAUGUGCACUCAAAUCUUGAUAAUUGUCAAUUAGUUUUACAAGAGAAUCUGCCCAGUAAUGUCUUUGUCAAUCCUGAUGAAUUACGAGCGUUGGCUAGAAGCAAAGAGCUCUUCGCAAAAAAUAACUUAACAGUAGACGUGGAAGCAAUUGAAUCAACAUCAUUACCUUUCUCAACAGUUAUUUAUGCAAGGGAUAACCAUGUCACGCACAACCUGCUUUCGGCUCAGUUUGUGCUUCCUAUCCAUUUGCGGUACCAUGCCCCGAUGAGUGGCAUCAACUUUCACCAGUUUUAUAUCUCUAAACCAACGCUGCUAAUGAAAUGCUCAAGAUCCCUAAGCACAUUAAGUGGUUGCAGCAUUCUUAAGAAGCAUAAGUUGCAGUGCACUCACCAGUCAGCAAAAUUAUGCGAGUGGCAUGAACUACCUUAUAAAACGAAUGCUGAGAAAAUUCCCAUGAGAGUGCCAAUCGGCAAUACCAACAACACCAUUCUUGUGGGCAUGAUUACAUUUCUUGUCACAAUCGGUGGCUGCGUUUGCAUCCUCAGCUCUCUUAUUUCUUUGCCUGUGCCGAAAACGAACUAGAUUGCUUUUGCUCUGGUCUAAAUCAGGAGCAUAUUCUUCCUCAUACAUAUAGAACAGGUGGAUGAAUGAUUGGCUCAAAAUGUUCAGCAGACGGACAAAUCUUGUUCACGAAUGAGCCUGGAAAGCAGUAGACUGUAUCAAACAAUCUUUUGAAACCUUCUCUGCCAUGUCGGUCUCAUUAGCACGACACCACUGAGUUUUCAUAGCAUGACGCUGGGAUCACAAGGCAAAAAUCAGUAAACUGACAUCAGACCUUGGCGUCAGCUGCUGGCCAACUUUGAGCUAUAGAAUUUUCUUGAGCCUGGUAGCAGAGUUUUUUAGUUGUCCACAAAGUUUUUCAUUCUUUUAAAUUUGGACGUCAUUUUGCAGGAUCAAAUACACAAAAUCACAGCAACUUGCAGCAGAUAUCUAUCAACCAAUGAUGCACUUAUUCGUGUUAAUUGCUCAAGGCAACGCUGACAAAACUAAGGUUAAAGAAUUCAUAGAAUGAGGUGGAUGAAGCAAGCCACGUUGUAUUUUGAGCAGCAACACUUUGGUCAAUAUCGGGCAAUCAUCGCCUUACAGAACAAGUGAAUGACGGACUUCAAGGCAACUGACAUGUAGAGAUCAUAAUGAACCUCUGCAAAUGGAAAUGAGAGACAGAACGGAGAAUCAUUAGCAGAAAUUUACAAGUUGAAGCUUUAACUCUCAGACAAUGAGAUUUCUCCUGUCCAAGAGUUUCAGCUUCUUCACAGACGGAGCAACUCUGGUUUUUUGUGAAGGAGAAAAUAUUUUUACCUGGAAAACCCCUUGGAACAAGCGGAGUCCAGUCAAGCCUUUCCAGCCCAAAUACGAAACGAUGAUCGGCGAUGUGCAGGCUAAAAUGCUACCAACUGUCGUACUCAUAGCCAACAAGUACUUAUUGUUAAUGAAACGGCCAAGAACUGCAGCU